GACGACCCGCUCGAGCUCGAUGUCGACGUCGUUAUCGUUCCGUGACGUUUCGAUGACUCUGCCGCGCGAUGCAUACCGAUUCGUACGCCGUGGCGAUCGGCGGGGUGUCCGAUACUAGAUGAUACAUAGUCUGGAAGGUGCCUGUCCGAGGGUUGUUUCGUCCGCGGGGAUGCGCGUCGUUGUCACCUUUGACGAUAUUACCGAUCAGUGAAGAAAUUACACUUUCACCUCUGCGUUUGAUCGCAUUCGACGCGAGUCACGUACCCUCGUGUGGUAGUCGUGAGAGAAGAUUGCAGAGAAAUAAAAUAUCCGCAAAACAUUUAGAGAGAUCGGUAAGAUAUGAAUGCACUGCGGAAACAUUGUACUACAUCAUGAGCAGAGUAUUUCGAUAAGUUCGUGCGGUUGACGUUAUCGAACAUCUCUGAACAGAGCUCGGUUCUUUAUCGCGCCAAGUACUUUCAUUUAUUCGUCGGCAGUCAGGUGCGAAACAGCGUGAACGGACACGAAGCAAAAUUCGUCGAGGAACGUUCACCAAUUACCACUUGAGCGUUGAGAACGCCUCCGACUUCUCACUCGAGUGUCAUCUCGCCGUAGGCGAGCAGCGAGAGAGCCCACCAGUGAGAUCGCCCGGGCGUCGAAAGUUCGAUUCUGGGUUAGCAGGACCAGGCGAAACCGAGGAGGGAGGAAAAAAAUUUAUCGUGAUAGCCGGCUCCAGGGAUUGAAUUCAACGGCGAGCGGGAAGCGGGGGGAGCCGGAGGAGAGCGAAGAACAGGCGGAAGAAGCAGCGGCCAAGUGGUGGCGGACAGCGGCGGCGGCGUCGUCGGCGAAGAGGUGGGAAAGUGGUAACCGGGGGUUGGUGAAGGUGCUGCAACGGAGGAUUUCAAGCCGUGCCCCCGGCGAGAUACGGGUCGCCUGUAUAGAUCUAUAUGCACAGUAAAAUUGUGGCGACAGAGCGACAGCCCCGGCUACAACGUCGUCGUGUAUCUGGGUCACACAGCCACCCGCUGCUCGGCAUCUCGCGAGCCGUUCUUCAUAAUUUCGCCAAGUUCCCUUAAUGCAGCGAAAAAAGUGGAGAUCCAUCAGCGAGAGGAGGACUUGGCGUGCUCGAGAGCCUCGCCAAUUCGGGCCAAUAGAAACAACGGGCGCGUCGCGACGCGCGUUCUCACGCUCGUCUUCCCCCGCCGUGCAAACGGACACGAUGCAUCUCGCAGUGUGUGUUCACUGCGCAACGUUUCGCGAUCGAUAUGAAUGAUACCGUUGAGUACGAACGUAAGAUCAGAGCGUCGCAGGAGACGCACACCGUCGCGUUUCGCGUUCAAGAGGAUCCGUUUGGACACAGAACGGACGACAGUGCACCGUGUAAAUCAAGAGUUGUGCGAGAUAUCAGACACGCGAGCUACGGCAGUAGGAAGUUGCAGGCCGCGGAACGCCGUCGCGUUAAUGCCACUUAGCCGGGACGGUAGAUAAGCACGAGCUAUAAGUAUAUAUCGCAGCUCGUUCCCGCCAGGAGUAACCGUAAUGAUCGGUGCGGAUCAGUGAUUUGCGGCCGGCGAGGGCGUGAAUCGACCCGAUACCGUUCGCGCGGUAACGAGCUGUUACGUCGUUACGCGGUUACGUAAAAAAGAAUCCGCCUGGACUCCCACGGGGACAAUCCCAGCGGAAGGUCCACGCGAGGGCUAUUACCCGAGCCCGUGGAGUGAGUGGCUUGCGCGCGCGAGACCUGUUCUUUGCUUCCCUUCAUCUGGAACACGCCCGGCCGCCCCGGUAAAUAAUGAAGCCCCGCAGCCAUUUAUCAAGUUCACCGUGAGACGAACGAAUGUCCGGGGUAUCGUCGUCGUGCUAAAUGGCAGGGUUUAACGCGAGGCACCGGUUAGUACGGCGACAAGCGUCGCUUUACCGUCACGAGGAGACCACAUCGUCCCGUUGAUUCGUCCGGGACUUCGUGGUGGGACGAUAUCGCCGGUCAUGAUUUGCAUCUACUCGGGAGAUUGUCGUCGUCGAUGAGUUAACGGGCAAACGUGCGAGACGCACUGCGGGUAAUGCCAGAAUUCGCGAGCCGAGCGGCUUCUCUUCGCGGUGAGUCUUGAGCAAGUCUUGGGACGCGAAGUGAUUCAGGGCGACCGUGUCGAGCGCGUUCGCCUCAGAGAUGCGACAGUCAGCUGAUUACGACCGCGAUCAGUGCAGUCAUACCGGGCGCAAUCAGCGGCGCCGCAGAUAACGGUGCGCCGAAAAAAACGGUCGCGGCUUCAUGCGGGUGAACGCGCGCAUUAGGCCCGCGGACGAACGUGAGAAGAGCUCAUUUCGUGCGUGGUGUCGAAGCGAGUGCCAAGCGACAUGAGACGACGGAACAACGGCUCCUCCUGCUUCUGCCAGACGGCCAAGAGAAACGGACGCGGAGGUUGCAACGGGACUGAAGUGAACGAGCCACCGGGCUGGUGCAUCUACGCAGCUGUCGCGCUCGUCGCGGUCGGUUGUUAUCUGAACGCGCUCGAUUGCGACUUUGUGCACGACGAUAUACCGGCGGUGGUGAGAAACCGGGAUGUGAUCGGUAAGGCGUCGUGGAGCAGCGUGCUCAACGACGAUUUUUGGGGCACGCCGAUGGAGAGCAUCAACAGCCACAAGAGUUACCGACCUUUCACCACCUUGACGUUUCGGCUGAACUACCUGAUGGCGGGCUUGAGUCCGAUGUGGUAUCAUGCCACGAACGUCGCCCUGCACGCCGCCGCCUGCAUCUUGGUCACCAGGGUGAGUCUCGUGGUAGCGGCAUUACGGCCAGGAUUCGCGGCUCUCACCGGGCUGUUGUUCGCUGCGCAUCCCGUGCACACGGAAGCGGUGACUGGCAUCGUGGGCAGAGCGGAUGUUCUAGCGUGCAUCUUCUUUUUGUUGUCCUUCCUCGCCUAUCACGGCCAGCAGACGGCUUACGUAUGGUCCAGCGUUUGCCUGGGCGCGCUGUCGAUGUUAGCGAAGGAGACCGGCGUUACUGUUCUGGCACUAAACCUUCUUUACGAUCUCUGUCGUUCCUGGCAUUCAAUCAAGAGGUCUAUUUUUGAAGCCAAGUGGAACGACGAUUCUAGAUAUUUUUCAAGACGUGCCGCAGCGUUGCUUGUUUCGUUUGGCAUACUUCUUGUGGUGCGGCUCGCUCUGCUUCAUGGUACUUUGCCGAACUUCUCCGCGCAGGAUAAUCCGGCUGCUUUUCAUCCCUGUUUCCACGUCAGAUUGUUGACCUUCUGCUAUUUGGCAGCGCUCAACUGCUGGCUGCUUUUGUGUCCAGCUAUACUUUCGCACGACUGGCAGAUGGGAUCUGUUCCUCUGGUCGCGUCCUUCUCGGACACCAGGAAUCUAGCGACCUGUAUAUUCUUCGGUGGCUGUUUGAUACUCACAUACAAAGCUUUCACGGAUUUCGAGCAACAGAGGCAUCCGCCUCUUGUUCUUGGUUGGAUGUUCCUGGUGCUGCCGUUCCUACCCGCGUCCAAUCUCUUCGUCACCGUGGGCUUCGUCGUCGCCGAGCGAGUUUUGUAUACGCCGAGUGUCGGAUGGAUCAUUUUGAUCGUCUACGGUAUGCAGGUGAGCUGGACAGCCGUGCCACGACGGAGAAGUUGGAUCACCACGGGAGUGGUACUCCUGCUCGUGCUAGGAUGUUUCCGGACGGUGCUUCGGAAUAACGAUUGGACGUCCAGAGAAACUUUAAUCAAAGCGGGGUUGCGGUCCCUGCCCUACAAUGCCAAGAUGCAUUACAACUUUGCCAACUUCCUCAAAGACACGUCGCAACCGAACCUUGCGGUCCACCAUUAUCAGUUGGCCCUCUGGCUUUGGCCAGGCUACGCCAGCGCGCAUAAUAAUCUUGGGACUCUCACGAUAGACGAUCAAGCGGAGUAUCAUUUUCUAGCAGCUAUUCACGCUCAACCAGGUCACGUAAAUGCUCACUACAAUCUCGGUCGAUUGUACAGAAGGACGAACAGAACAGAGCAGUGCAUCGAAAUGUUAAAGAGAUGCGUGUCGCUGGACCCAGCGUAUGCGCCGGCAUUCAUAGUUUUGGCGAGAAUUGCAACCGGUCCGGCAACAGGCGAGCUCCUGAGGCACGUGAUUCACCUACAGCCACGCAAUCCAGACGUUCUCGCCGAGUAUGCUCACUGGCUAUACGAGAACGGUAAAUGGUUGCCCUCGCUGCGCUACUACUCUAGAGCCAUGGAGAUUUUCCCGUCGCACAAGCCGUCGCUUAUUGGUAUGCUGAGGAUCCUGAGGUUGCGAGGUCAGUGGUCGCGGGUGCACCAGCUCAUCAUCAGAUGGCAUUUGAUGUUGCGAGCGAAACGAGGAGGCUUCAUCUAUCGUGGCGAUCUGUAUAUUCGUGCGUGGGAGCUACAAAGCGAGUCUCGUCAACGAGCUCAUCAGCAUCAGCGGAAUCUCUGUAUAUCGGAGAAUGGAUGUUCGAGGCCCCGCGUAGCCAGUGUAUCGGUGCAGCUCGAACAAGACAGCAACAAGUCGGAGCAGCUGCAACGGGCGCCGCGUUGCAACGUGCGCGCUUGCAGACAGCCGAGAAAAGGUAAGGCGCGCGUAACUGCGCCCGCCCUACUCGUGCAGAAUCUACUGGAGACACUUUAGUCCGAGCAAAUCGGGGAACGGGUCUACCUCCUGCUCGUUCGCCAACUGACAACCACGGGCCGUGUGAGAUGAAGAGGAGGAAUGCUCCGCAGAGCUUCGUCCGUGACGAAGCGAUCGUCAGUGACGAAGAAAGGGAGAGAAAGAAUGUAUGUGUAUGUUGAGUAUAUGUAUGUAUGAGAGAGAGAGAGAGAGAAAGAGAGAGGGAAGAAGAGAGACAGUUCUACUAUAGUGGAAUGCCUGAAUAUUUUUCGUAUGCCAUGUUUGUAUGCUAUCGAGUCGUGCAAGCUCGCCCUGACCUGUUCGCGGGUCAUUUACGAUAUCUAAGUGGAGAUACCGUUGGUAUCAUUGGUGUGUGUGUCCUUGCAUUGCGACGUGCGCGAGUUACGAUCUCUUCCGGAGACAAAAUCGUGGAAAAAGCGAAAAUAAUUGACUGCCGCGCAAGUAGUUCUGAGACUAUGGAUCGCGAAGGUGGAUUCGGCGUGAACGCAUUAUCGAAUCCAGCAUGGAUUCACUCACACCAGGACGAGCAGCGAUGCGCGCGACGGGUGAAAAUCGUAUGCCAGAAUUGAAUUACACACGAAAUUAUUUUGCCACUUUUGAAUUCGUCGGGUAAGGAUCACACUUCAACGAGAGAGGACCAAGGGAGAUUCGAGCGGUUAAGCAUGUGCGACGGGACGACCACGCGAGAGAGCCGUUCCUCGCGCGUCGAUCAAACGCAACGACGGAAAGAAAGGUACGAGAUGCCGAGCUGCGAACUACGUUCCGGCGCACGUCUAUCUAUAGUUUCGAAACGUGAUAUAAUCGUAAUUGGUAAUAUAGUCACAUAUAGUACAUGACGUGUUUCUAUAAAUAUUCGCUGUAUCUCGUGUGUGCUUUCAACGUUUUUACGAUGUCUGUCCCGACAGAAGCGACGCGAACACGGCGCUGCCAUUGUACACGUAAUAUUAGAAAAUAUCCAGUCUUUUAUCAAACAACGCGUCGCAACAGAGAUCGAGGACCUUUUCCUCGGGAAAUAUUUUGACAAAGAAGUUUCGGCGCGGGACGGGGCUGUGAAAGAUGGAACGGUGACGGAAUGGGGUGUGAAGGAUGGAACGGGAGAGGGGAUGAGGGUGCAUAUUAGCGGAACUAUACUUUCCAGAGGAAUAUUUAACACGGAUAGAUAUGGAUAUAUCAUUCGCGCUAAAAGAGAAUAAACCGAUCUCCUUGUCAAAGCGUCUGCUUGAGAGCAUUCGAUAUGUAUUGUCAACAAACAUAGCACAUUCAUCGAGAUGUCGACAAACAUGGCACAUUCAUCGAGAUGUACAUUAUAUUUUUCCUGCCGCUUAACGCCGACAAUGGGAGCUGCGCGCGCGAAAAAGAAAAACAAAAUCAUGGCGCCGAACUUUAUUUUUUUUUUGCCACGACAAUGAUCGUAGUGCGGAGUGCAUAUAAAACGAGUACUGUACAUACUUUUAAUACUAUUUCUCGGAUCGUUCUUUGUGUGCCUCUCUCGUGGACACGCAAUUUUACGCACGUAAAUAUACGGUGCCAAUACUAGGAUAAUGAGUGUACCGCUGAUCCGCGGCGUUUGGUAUGGCUUUUGUAUGAAAAAUUAAAAAAAGAGAAAAAGAAGAAACAGAAAAAAACGAAGGAAGGAAAGAGAGUAACAAUACCAAAGAAACACAUUCUUCGAUGAGCUUGGUAUGGCAACGUUUCGCUGCGGGUAUGUCGUAAAGAAGACUUCGCGAAAGUUCUUUCGAUACUUACAAAUUUUCAUUAUAAAGUUCGCGCUAGCUAUGUAUAAUGCUCGGCCACUUCGCGCAUAAAAACUUGCAGCCGCACGAUCGGUAUUUUAAUUAUACCACUGCAGAUUUUUUCAUCCUUGUAAUUAAACUGAAAAUUGGCGUCGAAAUUACACGGCAAUAGAUCGAGCGUAAUAAUAAAACUGUGCCGGGGGGAUUAUUAAAGUUGAAUAAAAUAUCACCGCAGAUGUUUCUGACAGGCGAACGAAAAGACGAGAGAUCCUUUCACGAUUAGUAACUGUCCGACAUGAUAAAUGAGAUACAGUUCUGUCAGAGUGUUGACGUGACGCAUAUCUAGAGAGAGAGAAGAAAGUUCUCUCCCUCUCCUUUUUCUUAUUUAUCUUUUUUUCUUCUCUCCUAUAUUAUCCGAACGUUGCUUUACGAGUACGCGCGAAACCUUGUCAAAACUUAACAGAAGACCAAUGUACAUACUUGUAUACAGAAAUGUUACAUCGAAAGUUUGGCGAUGCUUAUUAAACUUCUCUACUAUAAAUCACUGUCGUAUGAUAACGUUAUAACAAACUCGAAUAAAUAAAUUUUGGCCAUGUGCGAUUGCAAUGGCCGUGUGGCACUUUUCGCGAAAUACCGCGGAUAAUGGGAGAAAUGCAACGAAACGCGAAUGAGAGACGCUAGACUAUAAUGGCGUAUGGAAAUGGCAAUGCAUCCAUAUGUAUGAGGUUACAUUUUCGGUUGCAGUAUCUUUCUUUUGUGUGACUCUCCUGCUUGGCGUUCGCAGCUCGAACAUUUUUACUUCGACAAUUCGUUCCAAUGUGAUAAACAUUGAAUAAAGUGUCUAUCAUUGAACAAAAUACCUCUUUAGUUUUAUUUACUUGCGAUAUAUCGAUUGUGUUCAAGAUAUUUAUAUUUUUAGUAAUAUGUAUUUUUUCGUGUAUCCUAAUAUAUAAAAGUCAUAUUAUAGGGCGUUUCUGACGCAAGGUGUAUCAAUGCACCUGUAUAAAUAGAUUAGGUCAAACUGAACAAAAAUUUCUCUCACACAAUCACGUAAAAUUUCGAGAUAUUUAUGAAAAAAAAAUACUAGCAGCAGUGGCUAUCUCAGCUGACAUCUGAAAGUGGAAUAAUGACGCGAGCGAUGCGGGAAAUUAUUGUUUUUCAAUAUAUCGCCAGCAUAUCGUACGUAUGUUGCUAAGAGACGCCUCAGCUAUUUUCGAUAAGAUAAGGUUCAUUCCACGACAUUGCACGCAUUGGUUUGUCAUUUUUUCAUUAAUAUCUCUAAAUUUUACAUUUGUUUGGAAAAUGACAGAGAAAUCUUUUGUUCAGUUUGACUUAUUCUACUUAUACACGUGAUGCACCUUGCAUCAGAUAUCCUGUAUGUAAUUUUACAUUAGCUCAAUCUAAGAUAGUUACUCAGUCUAAGGAAGUCAGCUCUAAUGGGCUUGAUCUUGAUAUAUUGUUGUUGAACUCAUGAUUCUAAGAAACUUACUGUAAGUUUUAACCGUCGCUCAUCGUUUAUUAAAAAAAAUUAUUGAUAAACGUAGUCAUAUAAAUAAAACAUAGCUUUUUUUGACACCGUAUACGUAGAAUUGCAGUAUGUAAAUAUUAAUCACAGUACCCUCAGUUUUUAUUUACACGCGAACGUUCUGAUAUUAGAUAGGAUUGUAGGUGUAUAUAAACAGUAAUCUUUAGUACUAUGUAGUCGUGUUGUGUUUAGGACCGAUUGUACAGAGUAUUCUUUAUUUCCGUUCAUUAUGUUGUAUUACAAUGGAUACAUAAAAUCAAUGAGUAUAUAAAAACUACAUGGCUCCGCCCCUUCUUCACGCAUUUAUGCGUAUUGUUUUAUAUGCACGCAUCGACUUUUCAUAAACUCGCAACACUACCUAUUUUUUAAUGUAUACAAAGUAUCGAAAAACUACAUCUGUUUAUGACUAUUACUACAUACUGCUUAUGAAACUUCUUUUGUUUAUAAUUUUUUCAAUAAAUAAGUGACGGCUAAAACCUUUUGUGAAGGUUAUUCAGUAAAAUAAUCUCAACGACAUAUAUCAAGAUUAAGAGAUCAUUGGAGCUGACUCUUCUAAACUGAAUAAUUAUCCGACAAUUGUUUGAAUCGAAAAAGUGUUUUAAUUUAAUUUUGUUAAUAAAGCUUGUGUACAUAACGAAAUUAUACGUUGAAUUUCGCGCUCAACGUUAAUCAGAAUCGCGCAAAUUUCGUGCAGGCACAUUACCAUCGUUUGUAAGAGCGGAAAAAUCAAGCUUCUCCUCGGAACCAUUCGGAUGAAGCUAUUAAAAUAGGAGAUCGUAGGAGUUGCUCAUUAAUUAAGGUAAGAUACAAAAUAAUGGAAGCUAACGCGUUUAAUAUAAUAUACGGAAGUGAGCUGGCAUUCUAUUUUUCGUACAUUUAAGCCUUAGACGUCCUCCCCUCGCCCCAGUUUUAACGGAAAAAUGAACAACAUCUAGCACCACCCACAUUUCAUUAUAAAUUCCUCGAGGUAUAGCGUAUAGCUGCGCAUAUGACGAAUUACAUUAUUCGUGACAGAUAACGUCUAUUCUGCUAUAUUAGUGAAGACAAUUUUGUGAUAUUACGUAAUGGCCGAACGUGGAAAAUGAUUGGACAGGUGUCACUUCCUGAGUAUGAUUUCCGAUUCGCAUAGCUGCAGGAAUUGAACCACGUAUUUUUCAUGAGAAUAAACUCCAGCGACUGUGGGAUUCAAUUACGAUCGAUUUCGUUCCUGCCAUACGUGGCGAUAUUUUUCUCAAAAGGCUGUUUGGGUCGAUCGACGACAAGUCCAGUGGCGCUGAUUAGCAUUAUCAUCGUGCGUACGAGACUGACUGUAGAGAGCGUUUCGACGAGAGUUUAGCGUUGUGUCGAUUUGUUCGAACGCGAGAACGAAAAACGUUAAAAAGGGGGUACAAAAUUG